UCAUCUCGAAGCAAGUUACACCAAUUUUUGAGGUCAACUCAAAUAUUUCAGCUAUUGAGCAGUGAAGAAACAGAUUAAAAAAUGUCUAAGAAAAGAGGAUUAAGCGCUGAUGAAAAGAAGAUUAGGAUGUUGGAAAUAUUCCAUAAGAGCAAGGAUUUCUUCCAAUUGAAGGAAUUGGAGAAAAUAGCUCCUAAAGAGAAAGGCAUAACAAUGCAAUCAGUCAAGGAGGUGGUGCAAAGUCUAGUUGAUGACCAUUUGGUGGACUCUGAGAAAAUUGGCACCUCUAUCUACUUCUGGUCUUUUCCAAGUAAAGCAAAGAAUACCAAGAAAAGAAAGCUUCAAGGUUUGCAAAGUGAACUAGAUGAAACAACAAAGAAAUUGAAAAAAACUGAAGACUCCAUUAUCACAGAAUCGAUUGGACGAGAACCGAGUGAUGAAAGAACUGAGCUUCUGGCAACUCUAGAACAGCUCACAAAACGUGCAAAUGAACUCAAAAAAGAAGUACAAAAAUAUAGAGACUGUGACCCAGAGUAUAUAGCUCAAGUGAAAACGGAAAUUGAAGAUUUGAAAACUGCAACAAACAGAUGGACGGAAAAUAUCUUCAUAAUCAAGUCAUACAUUAAGAACACAUUCCAAAUAGAGAAUGAAACUAUUGACCAAAGCUUCAAUAUACCAUCUGAUAUGGAUUACGUAGAAAACUAGGAUCCUUUACUAUCAUUUUAAUAUUUAAAAGAUUUAUUUUUGUUCCUCAUAAGCUUUAAGUUAAAAUUGUAUGAAUUUGACUGUUUCAUUGACACUUUUUUUAGCAGACUUAAGUUAAACAACAAAGUUUAUGCAGUUUUAAAGGUUAUAUAUAAGCAUUUCUCACUGUAACUUAACAAUGAAACUGAUAUGAGUGAAAAACCAAACAUAAGAACAUCUAAUUGCUGGGAUAGCAUUU